UUGGGGCUGCAGUGCAGUAUAUAUAGAACGGUCGCGGUGGUCGAACUGGCGCGCCUCGUCCGCAUCCUCCUGUCCAAAAUAUGACUGCUGCUGGCAUAUUACCGAACACCACAGCUGCAGCGUCGAUAACCUUCCGAGCUCUGAUGAGAGCACUACUAGUUCGAUUGCCUUCUUUCUGCUCCACCCUUCGUGACUCCCCCUUCGCCGCUUCACUUCGUCCAUUCCACGCCUCCUCCAUUUUAUCCCCACGGCUCCCCAAAACCCCCUGCUUCCAAAGGCUCUCCUUUUUCCUUCAAUACCUCUCUAAAACCCCCAGCGACCCCAAAUCCCUUGCCGCCCUCGAUUCCGCCCUCGCCGAAGCCCAUCUCCUCGACUCCACCGCCUCCGUCCUCCUCAUCCGCGCCCUCUCCCGACGCAAGAAGCUCACCAGAGCGAAGUCCGUCCUCUCUGGCCUCAAGCAGCGCGGCAUCGUCCCCGACCUCUUCCUCUACAGCCUCGUGCUCCAAUGCCUGCUCCCGGAAUCCCCCAUCCGCGACGUCGAAUCGGUUUGGCAUGACAUCAGAGGGGGAGGCCCCGAUGGGAUCUCCGGCGCUUCGGAUUUCGUCAUCGGUCUCUGCCGGCGCCGCGUUGACGCGUCUGAGAUCGAGCAAGUCUAUCGCAGGGUUUCGAGGAGCCGGUGGAGUUUGAGUAGGCAGAGCUUCUGUCGAGUUGGGAACGUCUUCGAAGCUGAUUUGGUUCUCAGGAGCAUGGUGGAUAGGUGGAACUGUAAGCUUGACAUACUGAUCUACGGGAAUUUCUUGUAUGGGUUGUGUAAGUCGGGUAAGUUGCGAGAAGCGCGCAAGUUGUUCGAUAAAUUGUUGAAGAAAGGCCAAAACAUCAAAGAUAGCUUGAUUCCAGUGCUAAAGCCAGGAAGGCGAGUCAUCUUCCAACUGAGCUCCACCAAGUUGAUUUCUGAAACGGUGGCAUUUGGGGCGUACUUCCAAUCGCUUUGUAAAACAGGGAGAGUUGAAGAGGCUGAAAUGCUCUUGAAAGAGGCAACAGAGAAGAACAUUCCGGUGGAGACCUGCGUUUAUGUGUCAUUCAUAGAGGCCUUGUGCCGGGCUGGUAGAGCAGAAGAUGCGGUCGAGCUUUUGGAUCUCGAAAAGAAGAAACAAAGUGUAUCUGUUGGUGAUAUCACAGUUGCUGUGAUAGCAGGUCUCUGCAAACUAGGCCAGGUUGAUGAUGGAUAUAGGCUUCUCUUGGAGAUGGUAAAUGAGGGAGUUUCUCCAACUGCUCAAGUUUGUAAUUGGAUUCUAAAAAGCUAUUGGGAAGCAGGGAGGAUGGAGGAGGCAAUCGGCCUUUUUGAGAAGUUGAGGGCCGGGAAUUGUGGUGGUUGUGUUAGGCCCAAUGCAUCGACAUAUUCUUUGAUGAUCCAUGGCUAUCUGGGGAGGGGGGAUACUGCGAUGGCUGUCUCUUUCGUUGAGCAGAUGGAAAGGGAGAAGAUGCAAGUAGAUGUUGGCUUGCACACAUCUGUUGUUCGAAGUUUAUACACUACUGGAAAACUUGAGGAGACACAUCAUUACAUGAACAAAAUGAUUGAAAGUGGGACUAUAGUUUCAUAUGCUGAAUGGGAAGAGUUCGUGAAUUCCAUGACAAUGAGAAUCGAGGAUAUCUAUACCUUGAAGUCGGUAACAGAGAUGAGAGGCCAUUAGCGGAACAUAGAAACGAAAUUUGUGGUUGCCUAUAAUGCAAGAAUUUUGAGGUAAUGGAACAAGGUCCCAUAUUAGAACUAGUUGCAAAUGCAAUAUUUACAUUAUUGAUUCUGAUCUUAAUUGACUGUGAUGUUGAAACCACAUCUGGGCUGGUACAAAUUACCAGCUGAUGAUCAUUGAAUAGCUUUUCUUGAUUCUGAUCUUAAUUGACUGUGAUGUUGAAACCACAUCCGGGCUGGUACAAAUUACCAGCUGAUGAUCAUUGAAUAACUUUUCUUGGUGAUCAUUGCUCGUGCGGAAUGCCCAAAAGAAGUGUACCAGCAUUCAUUUGCAGGAUGAUAUCAUGAAGUGAUUGUCAAGGCAUGUUAUGCUUGCUGCACAUGUUCUUCAUCACUUGAUUAUGGACAAUGAGUGUCUGCUGAUCUUGAUAUAUGGAACUCCUAUUGGCAGAAAAUGCACAUUCAAGUCGAUUCAGCUUGUUCUGCUAGGUGGGGAGUUUUUCUAGUACUCUACCAGUACCCUGCAUAUGAAAAUGAUUUGUUUUAGGAUCUUUCUUAAAUACAAUGCAAGGUAUUGCUUCUUGAUUCCUUUAUGUUGUACAAAUAGCUCUCUCAUUUUCUCUAGUCCUGCUCUCUCAGUCCAUUAUAAGACCAAACUUGUUCCAAGGGACUAUGGAUAUACUGUGGCUGCAGUUGGUUUUCAGAUUAAUUGCGAAAAGAGGUAUCUAGUAGUAUUGACAUCCAGGCAAUGCACAAUCAUGAUUUUUUUUCGCCCUUAAAUCGUGAUUCUUAAGUAGGAAGCAAAUGGUGCACUUGGUACCUAAAGCAGCUUGACAUGGCACGUCAGUUGUUGCAUGUACCUAAACCACACAGACAAAAACAUCCCUAUGCAUGUUCUAGUGGUUAGCAUAUUUUGUGCACCGUUAGGUGAUUAAGGAAUUUUAGUAUCAAGAAAAAAUAUUUGGAUAGAUGUUGAUCAUGAACUAGUGGAAAUUCUCGGCCAGUGAAUCUGGUACAUGAUUGAUCUAUCCAAUGGGAGUUAAUCUGGUGGUACUUCUUCUAACAAAAGUGAAAGCACUAGUUUUGGCUCACAUUUUUUGUAAGCAGAUCCACUGAACUCAUUGCUAAAUCUCAUUAUCAUUGUUCUUGCUUCUGCAACUUUUGUCUGUCCAUUGUGCUCAUUCAUGACUGAUAAAUGAACCUGAAGAGAAAAAAUCAUAGUACAUCUGCUCAACUUUUCUCCAUUGAAUCUUGAUGCAGGUUAAACUAGCAACAAAAUUUCCUGUAAAUGAAAAGGAUCACUCUGCCGAUUUGGAAUGCAACAGUCACAGCUUGACAUGUACAGGCAUAAAUGCAUAUGUAUCAUCAGGACACUGGUUCAUAGACAUAAUUUUGAAGUCAGACAAGAAUUUCCUCAAAGAUGACCUUCAUUUAAUUCAGAUGCUAUUUGUGUCUCUCAAGCUCAUGCUACAAUCAUAUAGGGGAUGGAGGAACAAUCAAUCAAAUUAUUAUUUUCUUCAA